CAGGAGCAAAGCAAUCCGUGAGGAUUUCAAUAAUCUAUAAAAAUUAAUUCAUAGUUCUUCAAAAGUGAGUUACACUAUAAGUGUCCUAAUGCAGUGUCACAUCUAAGCAUCAUAAAACAAAGGAAACUUCAUGGAUAAGAAAAAUCAAUUAAAAAGAUAAAAAGUAUCGAUAAGGUAAAUAAGUGGAUGGUGCAAUUCAACUUUAUUGUUGUUUCCUAGUCUUUAUUAAUUUUUGAGGAGCAAUUUCCUUCCACUUUCCUAACUAUUACUUAUAAUAUUAAUACCGCGUGAGAAACUCUCAUAGGUUAUAUUAUAUAACAACUCUGUCAUCCUUAAUCUUUUGAUAACAUAGUUGUACCAAUCACCCAAAACCAUAAGUUUCCUUUUACACACUAUACUACAUACAUGGCAGAUAACGUGGUUGCAUUCCUUUUGGAACACUUAUCCCAAUUGCUGCAACGCGAAGCUAAUUUGCUGUGUGGAGUGGAAGACAAAAUCAUAUCCCUUCGAAACGAACUUGAAAUCAUAAACUUAUAUCUCAAAGCUUCUUCUGAAGGGAAGAAGAAGAACAACAACAGAGAAAUAGAACAAAAGGUUCUGAGUCAGAUCAGAGAUGUCUCCUACUUAGCCGAGGAUGUCAUCGACACAUUCAUCACCAAUGUCGCCUUCUACAAGAAGAGAAACGUGCUGGGAAGAAUGCUUCACAGCGUUGAUCACGCAAAGUUGCUCCACGACGUAGCAGAGAAAAUUGACAAGAUCAAAACCGCACUCAGCGAGAUACACGAAAACAAGAUCAAAUACUGUCAAGAAAGCAGUGAUCAAUCAAGAUCAGCAAGAGAAGAGGAGGAGAGAGCGCAAUCACUUCACAGAUUAAGAAGAAACGUGGAGGAGGAAAAUGUAGUGGGCUUUGUCCAUGAAUCUGAAGUAGUCAUCAAUAGACUCGUCCUGGAUGGUUCGUCACGAUUCAAUGUCGUUUCAAUCAUUGGUAUGGGUGGAUUGGGCAAAACCACUCUGGCACGAAAAGUCUAUAACAGUGAUAAGGUAAAGAACCACUUCAAUUGCCGCACAUGGGUUUAUGUGUCAAAUGAAUGUAGAGCCAGAGAUGUUUUGCUUGAUCUUCUUCAAAAAUUGAUGCCAAAAAAUGACUAUGAAUGUAGAAGCAGCACCACAGAAAAGGGUAAGAAGAAACACAAGGAAGCUGUGAAUCAAGACAUCUCUAGCUUAAGUGAUGAUGAGCUGAAGAAAAGAGUGUGGGAAUGCUUAAAGUGGAAAAAGUAUCUGUUGGUUCUUGAUGACUUGUGGAAAAUACGAGAUUGGGAUGAACUAAAAGAUGCUUUUCCCGAUGGAAAUAGAGGAAGCAGAAUAUUGAUAACAAGUCGUUUGAAAGAAGUUGCCUCGCAUACCGGUCGAGAUCCUCCUUACUAUCUUCAAUUUCUCAAUGAAGAACAAAGUUGGGAGCUCUUUUCUAAAAAAGUGUUUAGAGGAGAAGAGUACCCUUGUGAUCUUGAGUCUCUAGGUAAACAAAUAGUUAAAAGUUGCGGCGGUUUGCCACUCUCAAUUGUGGUUCUUGCAGGACUUCUGGCAAAUAAGGAAAAGUCACACAGAGAAUGGUCCAAAGUGUUGGGUCAUGUUAACUGGUAUCUUACCCGAGACGAGACUCAAGUAAAGGAUGUUGUACUUAAACUCAGUUUCGACAACUUGCCUUCAAGACUGAAACCGUGUUUUCUGUAUUUAGGGAUAUUCCCUGAAGAUUCUGAAAUACGUAUAAGGAAAUUGUUGCAACUAUGGAUAGCUGAAGGAUUUAUACAAGAAACCGGAAGUAGAGAUGCAUGUGACGUUGCUGAAGACUACUUGUACGAGCUCAUUGAUCGUAGUUUGAUCCAAGUAGCACGAGUGAAAUAUAACAGAGGCGUGAGAACAUGCCGCAUCCAUGAUCUUCUCAGAGAUCUCUGCAUAUUAGAGAGCAAAGAGGAUAAUAUUUUUCAAGUUUGCACUGACAACAACAUUUUAAUCCCUACAAAACCUCGUAGAUUGUCUGUCCAUUCUAGCAUGUCUCACUAUGUUUCUUCAAACACGGAUGAUCAUUCAUGUGUUCGCUCUAUGUUUUGCUCUGAUCCAACUUGCUUAAUUUCUCCGGAUGAGUGGAAAUGGCUUACCAAAAGCUUCAAAUUGGUUCGGGUAUUAGAUCUUGAAGGAACAUAUUGUUUUAAGAUUCCUUCAAACUUAGGGAACUUCAUUCACUUGAGGUACUUAAGAAUUGAAGAUAUUAUAAGUGUUCCAGAUUCUAUAUGCAACCUUCAGAAUGUAGAAACAUUAGACUUUGGAUCUUUAUGGAAUGACAAAAUUUCUUUCCCCAUGGGAAUAUCAAAGCUCAAGCAUCUAAAGCAUUUGAAUACUUCUGGCCCUAUCAUUCUUCGGGGCCGUUGUUUAAAAUCAAAUGUUGAUGUAAUGUGGAAUCUUCAAACAAUCUCUCGCAUUGUACUGGAUAAAAAAACAACAUAUCUGAUAGAGAAAGGAAGUUUCCCCAAACUAAGAAGAUUAGGAUUGCAUAUCUCCUCAAACAUCAAGGGUGAUGUGCCCAAAAUGUUGCUAAGCCUUCAACAAUUGAAACAUUUGAAUAAGCUAGAAAUCAUAUUCAAAGUGAUAGAUUGGCCACACUCGCGAUGGGUUAUCAAUUGUAAGCCCGCGGAAGUUUUAGAAAGUUUGAAGCAGUUGAGCCAUCUGAAUAUACUGAAAAUUAGGAAUGCAGGUGAGCUUGUAACAUGUGUAGCCAUGUUUCCUACCAACAUUACCAAGUUAACAUUGAUAGAUAUUACUUGUUUGAAUGACACUGGAAUGAAAGCUAUUGGAAAGCUCACCAAACUCCAAAAGUUGAUCUUAUCUGGAAAAUACAGAUACAUACGGAUUGACGAGGUUUGGUCUUCAGAUUCAUAUUUUGAUCUUAAUUGUGUUGAAGAUGGGUUCCCACAGUUAAAGGAGUUUCAUGUGGAAAAUUUGCCUAUUCAAAACUGGAAAUUAGCUAAUGGUUCCAUGCCACGCCUUCAAAUCCUAGAUAUUCAUCGAUGUGAUAAGUUGGAUAGCCUCCCAAGUGAACUAUGGUCUUUGACUACCUUAACAAAAGUAUGUGUUCGGAGACCAUCCCCUCAAAUGGCUGCAAUGCUACACCAUUUGGAAGUUAGGAAAGGAUGUGAACUUAUUGUAAAGUAAUUAGAAUUAAUGCUUGUUUGCUUUGAAUUUAUAAGUUUUUUUUAUGGUACUCCCUCCGUUCCUUUUAA